AGCCCAGAACAUUCAUUUACUUUAUUCAUCGGAAUCAUAGGAUCAGUGGUACUAUAUACGAUGUGGGACCCACUUCAUCUUUCUCAUCACGCCUAAAAAAAUCAACAAGAGAUAAGAACAAAGGAAAAAGAAACAUCUCAUCACUGUCAUCGACAACAAUAUAAAAAUAUUACAAACCUGUGAUGAUGAGCAAGUAGGUUAAUUAUCCUUAUAGACAUUAAGACACUGGUUUUUACUCACAGUUUCACAACACAAUGGGUUCUCUUAUGGCAGGAUGGGACUCUAACCAUGUGGAUCCUAAGUCAGCCACACUUAAGAGGAACCGUUCACUGACCAAAGAUGAGAUUAACGCUUUCUGGAAAUCAAAGAAGAAGAUAGAGGAAGAACACCUCACUGCUAUUUCCACUUCACCAUACACUGUUCAGAAUGAACAGGUGAGGAAGAACAACGCAGAGUCUGAGAAGAAGUUUCAGAAAUCAGUGAGCAUGCCAGUGACACGUGUACGUGAAAACUUAAAUAAGGACCUUUUUGAUACAAGUUUGGAGCAGCUUAUCGAGAAAAAUGGCUGGUGGACCAGGAGUAGCUGGGCAUUUCUGAAUGAGCCUCCAGUGAAUGAAGCUGCAUCAUACAAGUACACAUCACAGUUUCAUGUUGCUAACAUGGAAUCAUCAAAAUUUAACCCACAAAAUGGAAUCAGUGCUUGAGGAAAAUAUAUAUAUAUAUAUAUAUAUAUCUUCACUGGUGUUGGUGUCUGCAUCAAAAACUAUAUAAUAUAUAUAUAUAUAUAUAUAUAUAUAUAUAUAUAUAUAUAUAUAUAUAACAUGAUGUUAUUAGUGGGUUUAGUUGGUGUUGUUGUUCAUGUUUGGGUGAAGAAUAUGUUAUGAGAGAAUUUGGUGUGCGUGUGUGUGUGUUUGGUUUGGAAAAAUUGAAGGCAACAAAUGGAGAAAGAACUUCUGAUGUUGAAACGUGUGGUUUGUUUGAAGAGGGUAAUUGGAAUGAUCUGAACAAUUAAUGAAUGACUUUCAUGUGCUAA